GACAGGACGUUGAUGAGCGCCUACAGUGUUCUCACUGGCCUUUAUCCACCAGAGGGCAAGCAAGUUUGGAAUGGUACAUUACCAUGGCAACCAAUACCAGUUCACACAGUUCCUAGGUCAGAGGACUAUCUGCUGUACCUGCACUGCCCCACGUAUGAGAAAGCGUACGAGGAGCUGCUGCAGAGUCCUCCCAUGCUGAAGAUACAGAACCAACACAAGGACCUUAUAGACUACAUCUCACAGCAUUCUGGUCUCAGCGCUACUCUUGGCAGCCUUCUUCUUAUAAUGGAUCCUCUUCUGUGUGAGAAAAUAAACAAGAAGCCCUAUCCACCAUGGCUGAUAGUAAACGACACAGCAGAGAUCAUCCUGAAACUGAUAGAUUUGAAAGUUCAAGUAAGGACAAACACUCCUGAACUGGCUCGCAUCAGGGAGGCUGAGUGCGGUGUUAAACAACAAAUACAUAUGUGGUUAUUGAUUCUAGAUCAUCUUUCUGUGUCUACAGGUCCACUGCUUGGAAGAAUGAUACAGAACAUGAAAGACCACAUCACUAAUAAAUUGUCAAGGAAAGCUCUUCUCUUCUCAGCACAUGACUCCACAAUCGAAGCGUUUCUAAGUGCACUGAAUGUGUUCAAUCACCGAUACGUCCCGUACGGAUCCAGCGUCUAUGUAGAACUACAUGAAAUCAAGGAUGCCCCUGUUGUCAAGGUGUUCUAUAGAAAUGACACAACUGCUGAACCAUAUCUGCUCGAAUUAUCAGGCUGUAGUGACCUCUGCACUGUGGCGGAACUGGAACGACUCACCCAGCAUAUGAUACCAGAAGAUUCCAAGGCUAUGUGUGAGGGUGACAGCCACACAUCACACAGGGACCACCUGUCAGGAGCAACUGUAGCUGUAGCUGUCCUCAUCCCGGUCAUCCUGGCCAUGUUCCUGGCCAUCCUGGCAUACAGGUUUAUGCAAGAGAGGAAGCGCCAAGCUUUGUACCGAUACCGACCAGUCAACGAACACUUGUGACUA